AUGCUGGGCGUUUUUGUGUUCAGUGCUUCAAACGAACUUUUAUAUGCAUAUGGUAACCCUGAGUUGUCUUCGCAGAUGACAAAGAAUUCGAGAAUUGCUCUCAUCUCAGAUCGACUCUGUGCAUCGACGAGUAGUGGUGUGUAUUCGGAUGGAAGCAGUUUCGAACAUGGAAGAUGCACACCUGAAUGUGAACUCAAGCACCAGUUGGAAACAACUGUUUCAUUGAUCCAUUCUAAACCUUCUUGCGAGCUCUGCAGUACUGGUAUGAUGAAUUUAGAAUUCAAUAGGCGUAGGAACGUUGAACUUGAUAUCACAAAUUAUGUUCUGGAAGGAGACGAUGUCCACAGGAAUAUGCCACAGUUGGAUACGUUGUCAAAAGAACUGUAUGCCUCAAUGGGCCCUAUUAGCUGUCUGUUAUUCGUUGAGCGGAGGUUCAUGGGUAUUAAACAGGUGGGUAUGGAGGAUGAAAGAAAGUAUCUUAACCUGCGGAUGACGGCAGAAGUUGUGAAUUGGACUGAUCUGAUAGACGCUGAUGGUUCGUUAUCAGGUGAAAGCGUUCAUCAGGUCAUAAGAAAUCAAGGUGGAAUUAAUGCACUCGGUCGCACAUUGCUUGCUUCUCUGAUGCCGAAACAAUUAACUUGUUCAUUGCGCCACAGUGAAAGUCCACUUCAGUGCAUUGCUGCAUUUGAGAGUUUCGUGAAUAAGGAUUUGGCGUUGAAGCAAACCAUACGGCUUGCGAGCAGCAUUCGAAAAAUUAUUCACAAUAGCCUCAAAUACAUCACUUCAUGA